CGUGUCGUUCGGUACGACGGCGCAGUCGCAACAGCUAAGAUUUUUGUUUGUCGCCGACAGUCGAAUUGGAGCUGGAGCUGGAGCUGCAACAAAAGCCAGGGAGCAGCAUCGAGAACAACUACAAGCGAAGCCUAUAAUUUUAUGAAUGUGUAAAAAGGCAAAGCUCGCGUGCGUGUGUGUGUGUGUGAGAGAGUUAGCGAGCGUACGUAGCGCAUGAUUGUGUGUGUGUGUGUUCAUUCAUUGAAAACGCAGCAGUCCAGCAUCAAUCCACCAACAACAAUAAAUAAUGCAGCCGCUGUAACGUCCAGCGUCAACGUCAACGUCGACAGCGCACGGAACAUCGCAUCACAGCGAAUCAGUCACUUCGCAUGCGAAACUCAACGAGCGCGCAUCAAAAAAAUCAAAUUCAAACGGUUACGGUUAAAGAGUAACGAACUACACUGAAGAAAAGAACUCGAGUGCCCGCCCCGAAAGAGACUAUCAAAAGAUAUUUUGUGUGCAUACAAUAAUAAUAAAAGAAGCGAAACGAAGAAGAAGAAUGAAAGAACGAAUGAGCUGACUGAACAAACGGUAACUGUGGUAAACUUCAAAAGGCAAACACAGUCGUAAUUGAAAUCGAAUUAAAGCAACGUGCAAAAAGGAAAAAAUAACAACAACAACGAAAAAAAAAGUAACAAACAAACAACUAAAAGGCAGGGCGAUAAAAAAGAAAUUAUGCCACAUUGUGCGAGAGGUCAUUGCGAGACGAGUUACCAGCAGAUUAUAUAGAGCUCUUUGCGUAAUUACCGCAAGUCUCGCUUUAAUGUUUAAUAGGCAACCGAAUUAACGCAGGCGGCGCACAGAACACACCAAAUGAGCCAAACGUUAACCGCUAAAAACCGUUAAUUCGAGCUUUAGCCCUCGCCGUUGACGUCGUUGAGCUUCAGCUACAGCUACAGCUACAGCUUCAGCUACAGCUACAACUACAGCUUCAGCUGGCAGCCUGCAGCAGUUCUCUUGCACAGGCGCUGCCUAAAGCUACUGUUGAAAACUUUCUUCCAAGUCGUGUGCGCCGUGAUCUUUGCACGCCGUCGCAUAGCUGGUAUUGAACUUGAGAAGUAGUCGCAGUCGCAGUCGCAGUCGGAGUCGCAGCAGCCGUCGCAGCCACAGCCGCACUCGCAGUAACAACUACAACAACAACAAUAGCAACUGCUUCUAUUUCAAUUGUUAACGAGCGAAAGCGUCGUAGUCACGCAUACACACACACAUACACAUACACACGCACGACUUCGCCUUCGUCGCACUCUUCGUCUUUGUCGGGCUCUACGUCUUCCUUCACUUCGUUUAGGCUAGGCCAGGAAAGUGCAGUCGACAGUGAAAAUGAUGUGCCCGUUCCAGACUCGCUUUAGGCUAAAGUUCCAGUCCCAGCUGUUUGGCGCACUGCUAGCAUGCAUGUUAACGGCAACGCUCACUAAUGGCGCCGUAACAGAUUCACCCAUUAAGAUCAUCAAAUUGCCGGCACAAGCGCCUGUGAUACGCUAUCGAAACGCGGAUGCUGCGCCGGACUCGCUGUUGAUCAACUAUCGGCAGGAUGCGCAGCCCGAGCUGUCGGCCACGUUGAUGCAGGCGCCGGGCGCAGCGGCUGCAGCACUGGAGAAUCUGCUGCAGGAGGAGUUGGAGCAGCAGCAGCAGCUGUCCAUGGGGCGACAGCACCGAGCCAGUGCAUCCAGCACGAAUGCCAACAGCUGUCCUCGGUCGUGCCCGCCCAGCUUGACGGUGGGCGCGGAGCCCGUGUGCGGCAGCGACGGCCUCAUAUAUGCCAAUCUGUGUGAGCUGCGCAAGAAGACCUGCUCCCGCAACGGCGUCUCCCUGGUGAAGGAUGUGCGCGACGGCUGCGAGCGCUCGAAGGGCUCCGACUGCAAGCAUCGCUGCAGCACGGAGAAGGAUCCCGUUUGUGGCACCGACGGACGCACCUAUCUCAAUCGCUGCAUGCUGCGCGUCCAGUCGUGCCGCGUGGGCCUGGCGGCCGUGAAGCUCUCGCAUGUGGGUCCCUGCAGCAACACGAGUGCCCAGCGCGAAUCCUGUCCCGUGGACUGCAACAGUGCACCGAAGGAUGGACCCAUCUGCGCCUCCGAUGGCAAUGUCUACAACUCCACGUGCGAGAUGAAGCUGCACACCUGUGGCCAGGGCGUCGUCAAGACCAGUCGCAAGCACUGCCAGUCGACGCGCAUGUGCCGCGAGUCCUGCUGGCGUGUGGCGCGACCCACUUGUGGCUCGGAUGGCCGGCUCUAUGCGAGUCCCUGCAAGAUGCGCUCCACCAACUGUGGCAAGCACGUGUUCGAGGUGCCGCUGUCCUUCUGCAUGCCGCAGGAGCGACACGGCAGCCAGUCAGCGGAGACAUGCCCCACCGAGUGCCCCAAAUCGGACGCGGAUGCCACCUCACAAUAUGUCUGCGGCAGCGAUGGCAACAUCUAUUCCUCGCUCUGUGAGCUGAAGAUGCUCAACUGCGGACCGCAGCGCAAGUCCAUCCAGAAGAUGAGCAUGGACAAGUGCAAGAAUCGUCUGACCCGCUGCAAGCAGCUGCCGCCAUGCAAGGACUUUAACAAUCUGUUUGGCUCCAUCUUCAGCUCGAAGCGCAACGACAAGCUGUGCGGCACCGAUGCCAAGACGUACAACAACGAGUGUGAGCUGGCCCACGCCACCUGCCUGCGCGGCGUUAAUUUGGCACACAUUGGCCCCUGCACGGACCUGAAUUCGCCUGCCAAGGACUGCGGCGAUGCUUGCACGCGCGCCGAUCUGGAGCAGCAGCCGGUUUGUGGCUCCGAUGGCAACACCUUUGGCUCGAUGUGCGAAUUCAAGCGCCGCACAUGCAACCUGCGCGUCGUGCCCGUCUCGCUGAAGAACUGCGCCCUGACCGCCGACUGUGAAUCCGAUUGCGAUGCGCAGCCGCCGAAUUUCGUUUGCGGCUCCGACAACAAGUUCUACAAGUCCGAGUGCCACAUGCGCAAGGAGAACUGCGGCAAGCAUGUGUUUGUGGUGCCGCUGAAGCGCUGUCUGGCCGCCUUCCAGUUCAAGGGCUGCGCUCGCAUCUGUCCGCGUGAAUUCGAGCCGGUCUGUGGCAGCGACAACAAGACCUACUUGAACGACUGCUUCCUGGACAUCGAGAAUUGUCGUACCAAUAGCACUGUGGCGGUGCAGCAUUACGGCGCCUGUGGACGACCCGAGGCGCCAUCCACCAACUUCCUUUACUAGAAAGGAAUUGCUUCCACAUUUACAUGGCAUUUAAUAUUUUUUAGGCUACACUCUCUAUUGCGUAUUGUAUGUAUGAUAAUUUUUACAA